GCCACCCCAAAAUUAGUUCUCACCCCACCUCAAAAACAAUUUCCUGCCCAGUCCACAGCCCAGCAGACUCAAGUUACCCAAAUUGGCUGAAGUGCGAAGAGGGAGCCUCGAAGACGAACACCAGGCCGUCUGCCGCCGUCCACUCGUCCAGGGACCUGCGUCGUGCGCCCUUCCUGUCCGCGGCUCUGCGCCUCUACCCGCGCCUCUGCUCCUCUGCGGUUCCAGCCCACCCCAUAUGUCAAUCCUGGAUCCGCCCCUGGGCGGCGGAGAAGGUGCAGAAAAUCGGGAAGUUAAAAGAUUGGUGUAUAUGUGGGGGUAUUUGCCGGGGGCUUCACAGAAACGUUCUCCGUUACUCUCGGCGGUGGUGGUCAGACUACCGGAGGCUGGAACUUUGUGGAAGGACGUUUCCGGUGGCGGCUGUGGCUUUGCUAUGGCCAUUUCAGAUUCUGGAAAGCUUAUUACCUGGGGUUCAACAGAUGAUUUGGGCCAAAGCUAUGUGACUGCAGGGAAGCAUGGGGAAAUGCCAGAGCCCUUUCCCCUUCCUGAUGAAGUCUCAGUUGUAAAAGCUUCAGCAGGCUGGGCUCAUUGUGUAGUUGUUACAGAAAAUGGAGAGGUUUACACAUGGGGAUGGAAAGAGUGCAUUCCUUCUGGGAGAGUUAUUGGGGAUCCAUCUAUGGGAAUAAGCAUUGGGAACAUUGAAAGCGAAAAACAGGAAUCACUUUCUAUAGAACCAGUUAGCAGAGGUGUAGAUGAUGGUGCAAAGAGAAGGCGCACAUCAUCAUCAACAUCAUUUAAACAAGCAACAGAUGGAGCGCCGUCAACUGAUGAGAUUCCUACUGCUCUGCCAUGUUUGGUCACAUUGAACCAAGGAGUAAGAGUUCACAGUGUUGCAGCAGGGGGCAGACACACUCUAGCUCUGUCAGUUCCAGAUGUAGGACAAGUCUGGGGAUGGGGGUAUGGAGGUGAAGGACAACUUGGUUUAGGGUCCAGGAUUCGCAUGGUAUCCUCUCCACAACCCAUUCCUUUUUUUGACUCAUCUCCCUUGGAAAAUGAUAGUGCUUUGGCCAUUUCUCAUGGAAGCACGGGUUCAGAAGGACAAGGCCAUGUAGUUCCAGGGAGUUAUGUGAAAGGAAUCGCCUGUGGGGGUCGGCAUAGUGCAGUUGUUACAGAUGCUGGAGUAGUACUUACUUUUGGUUGGGGACUUUAUGGACAGUGCGGCCAUGGAAGUACUGAUGAUGAGCUAAGUCCCACAUGUGUAUCUUCAUUACUUGGCAUCAGAAUAGAUGGUAUUGCGGCAGGACUAUGGCACACAUUAUGCAUCUCUGCUGACGGUGAUGUCUAUGCCUUUGGAGGCAACCAAUUCGGACAGUUGGGAACUGGAGGGGAUCAAGCAGAGACUCUACCCCGGCUUCUUGAUGCUACCUGUUUGGAAAAUGUCAAUGCAAAAGUUGUAUCAUGUGGAGCACGUCAUAGUGCGAUAGUUACAGAUGAUAACAAAGUGUUCUGCUGGGGAUGGAACAAGUAUGGCCAGCUUGGAUUAGGCGAUGUAAUAGACCGUAAGAUACCUACACAAGUUCCUAUAGAUGAAUGUGUCCCCAAAAAUGUGUCAUGUGGAUGGUGGCAUACCCUCCUACUCACAGAGUCACCCACAUGAAUGGAUUUCCGCCCUUCUGCUGAAUGCUUUGGGACACAAUUUUGCUAGGUUAGCGAUUGAGUUAUAUGUACAUGUAAAUAUUAAUUAGCAUGUGUACAUUAUGCAGUCAUAUAUGCAGUGCAGUUUGUAUUGGUUCUCUGUUAAUGUCAAAUUUUAACAUGCCAGACACACCAUCAAGAAAUGUGUGGAUACUAUGUUUUGCCCCUUUUGUUCCACCUUCAUCCUGAUUUUAUUAAUUGUGUUGCUUAUAUGAAAAAAGGUUUCCAU